CUCGCCCCAGCUCGCCAAUGCCCUUCCCACACUCCUGCCACUGCCGCCCCACUGCCCUGAGCGAGGCUUUCUCCCCAUGCCAGGCUCUCUCCAGCGCCAUACACAGCUGCCCCUGCCCUACUGACACUGCCUCCCCACUGGGGCGAGCUGGGAUCGUGCCCCCUGAGCCGGGCUCGCUCCAGCCGUCCCGCGCCGUUGGAAGCGCCUCUGCAGACGGCAAGGUUGUCCGGUGAUUUCGGACAUGGCCUCGGAGGCGGUGAAGGUCAUAGUGCGCUGCCGGCCCAUGAACGAGCGAGAGAAGGCGCUCAGCUGCCAGGCCGUGAUCAGCAUGGACAGCCCCCGGGGCCAGUGCUUUAUCCAGAACCCGGGGGCCACUGACGAGCCCCCGAAGCAGUUCACCUUCGACGGGGCGUACUAUGAGAGCCACAACACUGAACAGAUCUACAAUGAAAUUGCCUACCCGCUGGUAGAGUGUGCUGAAAACACCAAAUUCUUGGUGAGAGUCUCUUACCUGGAGAUCUACAAUGAAGACAUAAGAGAUUUGCUAGGAGCCGACACCAAGCAAAAGUUGGAGCUGAAGGAGCACCCAGAGAAGGGGGUGUAUGUGAAAGGACUCUCCCUGCACACCGUGCACAGCGUGGCCCAGUGCGAGCGCAUCAUGGAGACGGGUUGGAGAAACCGAGCAGUGGGCUACACCCUGAUGAACAAGGAUUCUUCCCGCUCCCACUCCAUCUUCACCAUCAACAUGGAGAUCUAUGCUGUAGAUGAGAGAGGGCAGGAUCACCUGAGGGCUGCAAAACUCAACCUGGUGGAUCUGGCUGGAAGCGAGAGGCAGUCCAAAACCGGAGCCACAGGGGAGCGUCUCAAAGAAGCCACCAAAAUUAACCUCUCUCUCUCAGCUCUGGGCAAUGUCAUCUCAGCCCUGGUAGAUGGCAGGUGCAAACACAUCCCCUAUCGAGACUCAAAGCUGACCCGGUUGCUGCAGGACUCCCUUGGAGGAAACACCAAGACCCUCAUGGUGGCCUGCCUGUCUCCUGCUGAUAACAACUACGACGAGAGCCUCAGCACUUUGCGCUACGCCAACCGGGCAAAGAACAUCAAGAACAAGCCCCGUAUCAAUGAGGAUCCCAAAGAUGCUCUGCUGAGGGAGUAUCAGGAGGAGAUCAGGAAGCUGAAGGCCAUUUUGGCUGAACAGAUGAACACAAAUAACUUGUCAGGUCUGUUACCUGCUGAGACUGCUCAGCUGGAAGUGAAGCCAGCUCUCCUACCUGAACCCCAGCCAGAUGUCGAGGCAGAGAAGCAGCUGAUCAGAGAAGUAAGCCAGGGAGCGUGACCCCCAAGUUACUUCCUGCUGGGGGUUGUCCACUUUUACAAUCCUCAGCACAACUGU